AAGCUGCCACAGGCCACCACAGCCCCACCUGCCCUCACGAUGAAGCCCAGCAGCCUUUUCAUCUUCCUGGUGAUAUUUGCCUCUGGAUUCCUGAUGUCCUGGGCUGUGAAAGGGGCUGGCGAAGAGGAGUUGGAGUCUUUCAAGCCACAUCCAGGAAAAACUAAACGUGGAUCCUGCCCCUUCAUACGCCCUGCAAUGUGCCUGGUAUAUGAACCCCCUGAAUGCCAGAAUGACUGGCAGUGUCCAAAGAGGCAAAAAUGCUGCCGUGGCACUUGUGGCAUCAAAUGCUUGGAUCCUGUAAACCCAUCAAAGUCAGUUAAGGUCAAUCCUGGGAAGUGUCCUGUGGUCACUGGCCAGUGUAAGAUGCUCAACCCCAUAGACCACUGCCAGAAUGACAGCAACUGCCUGAAUGGUCUCAAGUGCUGCAAGGGUAUAUGUGGGAACAUAUGUGUCCAGCCGGUAAAAGAUGUAUCCUUGCCAGUUCAAUAUGGUUAGGACUUUCCGGUCCAUGUGGUCUGGGGAUUUCUUUUUUCCCCAAGCCUGAAAAAAAUGAAAACACCUCGGUGAAGAUGUGGCUUUGUGACCUAUACUUCGUUGGGGGCCAAGUUUUGAAUAUUUUACCUGUGUAUUCCCAGUAUCCAACGUGAAGUUUGGUACAUGGCAGGAAAUGUCUGUUGAUUGGCAAAUAAAUAAAUGCUCAAGGUUUUCUCUGAAA